CCCAGCGUCCGUGCCCAGGCAGCAUGGUGAGGUUGGCUGUCGGGACCUCGCCACCAUUGAAAACCAGGACGAAAGACAAAUACCGGGUGGUGUACACGGACCAUCAGCGGCUGGAGCUGGAGAAGGAGUUUCACUACAGUCGUUACAUCACCAUCCGGAGGAAAGCUGAGCUGGCUGCCACCCUGGGGCUGUCCGAGAGGCAGGUUAAAAUUUGGUUUCAGAACCGCAGAGCGAAGGAAAGGAAAAUCAACAAGAAGAAAUUGCAGCAGCAACAGCAGCCUCCACCACCUACAGCCCAGCCUCCCCAGCCGCAGCCAGGUCCUCUGAGAAGUGUCCCGGAGCCCCUGAGUCCUGUGUCUUCCCUGCAAGGCUCCGUGCCAGGCUCUGUCACUGGGGUUCUGGGGCCAACUGGGGGGGUGUUGAACCCCACUGUCACCCAGUGACCCACAGUGGCCUGCAGCAGCAGAGCAAUUCCAGGCUGAGCCACGAGGAGCACGGACUCUGCUCGAAUCCUCAGGAGAGACCCCUCC